AUGAGUGGUCCAGGGAAGGAUGAGGAGCGACCGAAGCUGGAGCGGUUUGACGGGAGCCAGCCGUCGAUGUACAAGCGCUGGCGCCGCAAAGCAGAACUAAUGUUGCUGGCUUUACCUACACAAAGGACCGGAGAAGCCGAAGAUGUGUGUGAAGCCAUCCCUCUGGACAAGAUUACCAAGGAGGGCGGACACGCGCUGAUUCUGGAAGCGCUGGACGGCCGAUACAAGGAAUUGGCUAAAGAAGCAUUGCACAAUCACCUUCAGGAGUACUUCUAUGGCCUCCAGAUCAAGUCUGGUGAGUCGUACAGGAACAUGAUGGUGAGAAUGGAUACUUCGUACAGGCGCUUGCAAGAACAUAGUGUUGAACUUCCGGCAGAAGUGCGAGGUUGGUUCUUGGUGAGGAAGCUUCAGCUGGACAGUGCGUCGGAGGCCCUGGUGAUGACACAUACCAAGGGGUCACUUAAGCAUGAAGAUGUGACGCGAGCCAUCCAGGCCAUCUUUCCGCAAGGCAUCGCGAAGAACGUUAGCAGCAAGGUGAAGGAGGUCUAUGAGGCCGAGACAGUCGAGGCGGACAAUGAUGCGGCCGACAACGUGGACGAUGUCUUCCAAGCAGUGGCAGACCAAGUGCAGUCUGCAGAUGAGUAUGAUGAUGAGGAUGCAUUGGACGUCUUCGAGACCUACAAGGACGUGCGGAAAAGGGUCCAACAGAAGCGGUUGGGCAGAGGCUACAAGAAUGACAUGGGUGGCCAAUGGAAACUGUCUGGAACGGUCAAAGGAAAACUCGAGAUGCUCAAGAGCAAGACAAAAUGCCAUCUUUGCCAAGAGCGUGGGCACUGGAAGCGUGAGUGCCCAAAACGUGCACAAGGGCUUCAACAUGGGCGCUCGUCUCGCGCGGUUGGCUCGAACGAGGCAAUGUUGGCGGAUGGUGACGGCUACAAGAGCAUCGAGGGUGAGCACUUUCUCGACGUCGACGAGCUGGAGAAGUUUGAGAUCUUCUUGGCGGAGAAGGACGGCGACGUGGAGGUGAUCGUGGCAGAUCGUGAAGAAGCCUUGGGUGACGGGACUGAGAUGAGGGGGGACUUUGAGCGUAGCUUGAAGGACUUUUUGAACAGCUCGGGAUCGAGCAAGGACGUGCGCUUUCAUGAGGCAUACAUGUUGGAGUGCGCUGAUCUUGCUGAGCAUGGGGUGCCAGACACUGCGUGUAGGCGGACAUUGAUAGGUGAAUCCGUUUUGCAGCGAAUGUCGGAGACACUAGCGAAGUCAGGGCUGAGAGUGCGUUUUGUGAGGGAGAAUCAUGAGUUUAGAUUCGGUAAUGCGGGUACCUUGAGAUCCUCGGUUUCAGCACUGAUUCCCGUGUGUCUCGGUGGCAAGCAGUUGGCGAUAAGGGCUGCUGUGUUGCCAGGUUCGGGGUCUGAAACGCCACUUCUUUUGUCGAAGGAACUGUUGCGUAGUUUGCAAGUCAAAUUAGAUAUGGGGAAUGAUGUUUUGGAAAUAGGUAAGUAUGGGGUCCAAGUGAAGCUGCGGGAGACAGAACGGGGCCACUAUGCACUUCCCUUGUUUUGUGGAUUACAACCACACAAUGUCAAGAAGGCGAUGAAGAAGAAUGUGCAUCAGAAGACGCAUGAACGAGUAGCAACGAACCGGCGAGCCCGCCCAGAGACCAUCAUGAGCUACGCCGGGAACGCCAUGACGGAUGCGCCGAUGCCAGGAGUGCGUCGCAAUGCAUUGAUCGACGAGCUGAUGACGGAAGUGGCGAGCCAAAUGGAGGAGAGCGACGGCCAGAUCUCGGAUGUGCAUGCAAAGAUCCUGGACGAAGCUCCCGAUCAAAGCGACGACGAGAACGACGCAGUCGUGCCCGGGAUAGAUGGCAAUCUGGGACGCCUGCUCUUCAAUGUGGGGAAAUACCAGAAAGCCGGGGCCCUCAUGACGUUCAAGCAAGCCUACGAGCUGGACAAGAGGUACGUUGCCUGGGUCCGCAAGUUCAUCCGCGGAAAGUCGGUGUCGCCCAACAAAACCAGCCACCCGACGAUGACCCAGUUUCGCUUGUACAUAGCUCUUCGGGAUCAGCGGAAGUCUAUGAGGCUUCAGAUGGGACAAGCAGCAGCACCAGCGCCUCGCCAGGCUCAGCCGCCAUUGCUGCCAAGCCGACCGAAAGCCAAGGCCAAAGCAGCAGGGCAGUCAGUGACAAUGCGAUCGGCAAGCUCGCAUCAGACGGCAAGCUCGCAUCAGCCGGCACCAAGGGGCCAGGCACCAAUGGUUCAGGCGAGCAAUCCGGAGCCGGACUCAGUGUGGGAAAGCCAUUGGCUGGUGAUGCCCGAGCCGGAGCCAGAGAGUGCGACAGAUCGCCGUCGAAGGUUGAUUCGCGAACAGAUCGAGGCGUUGAACUUCCAGCUCGAGGAGAUGGAGGAGAAUGCCGAGCGUGGGGUGGAAGCCUGCUCUCGGGUCCCAGUGGAGCUUUAUGGUUCUGAUAGUGGCGUUGAUGCUUUGGUGUUCGAAAAAGGAUCCGGCGAGGAGGUACUCACGGCAGUGGGUCUCAGCGUGCAGUACAUUUUUGAGCAGCUUGAGCCUGCUCAGAUUCGGAGCCAUGAGACGAUCGAGCAAGCGCUAAAAAUGAUCCGACGAGUGCAGCCGAAACUGUUAGUGGUGCGUCCUCCUGAUCACAUGACCAAAACACGAGGGGUUCGUCACUUGGUGCGAACGUUUCAUGCUAAGUACAAAGCUGAUUACACUCGUUUGGUUACUGCUUGUUGCGCUGAGCAAGUGUGUGAAGGGCGGUUGUUUUGCAUUGAAGACGUGAACGGAUGCAUGAGUGAGAGGGUCAAGCAGUGGAAGAAAGAGAAGGAUGAUGAGAGAACUUUGUGCGUGGAGAGAGUGGAGAGCGAGAGUGCCUGGUACAUGUACACCAACAGUCAACAUGUGAAGCAGCAGAUGCAGAAGACCUGGGUGAAUGUGCGUGAGCUUCAGGAUCCGAGAUGUUUCAUGAAGGAUGUUGCGGUGAGCUUGAUGAAGGCCAGGCAACAGGUCGAUGAAGUGCACGUUGCGCAUUGUGUGUUUUCGAUUGAAGAUUUGAGGUCGGAGAAUUCCCAGGAUGAUCGUAGGGUGAUGUCACUUUUGAGGCGUUGCCAUGAGAAUCUGGGGCAUCCUUCACCGGCACGCAUGACGAUGCUGUUGCGUGCUGCGCAUGCCAGUGAGAGAGUCAUGAGACUUGCGAGGGGAUUGCAGUGCGAGACAUGUUCUGAGUUGACGAAGCCUAAGUCCCACAAUGUCACGAAGCUUAGGCGUGCCACGGAGUUCAAUCAGCAGCUGUGCGUGGAUACUUUUGAACAGGAGGUUCGAGAUUCCAAACUGCACUUUGUGAACAUUGUUGAUGAGGCUACGGGGUUCCAGUUGUGCAUUCCCUUAUGGAAAGGCAUGCAGGCCAAACAUGUUAGGAACGCUUAUCGGAAGAAUUGGAAACGCUGGGCCGGAGCUCCUGUGAGAUUGUUCUGUGACGGGGGAAAGGAGUUCGAGGGGGAGUUCGAACACGGGCUGUCGUUGGACGGAACGUAUGGAGACACAUCGGCGGCCUACUCGCCAUGGCAAAAUGGAUUGGUGGAGAAAAAGGGGGAUGUGUGGAAAACGGCCUUCUCGAAAGCCCAGAUCGAAACAAGGCCCAGGAAUAAGCAGGAGGUGCAAGAGCUUGUUGACCAAGUGAACAGCGCUGUGAACAGUAUGACUAGAAAGGAUGGAUAUUCGCCAAAUCAGCAUGUGUUUGGUCGUGAUGUGCGUGUGCCAGGGUUAAUCAGUUCCGAUGCUGAUCCGGUCAUUAACUCGUCAUUGGCUCAGGGGGAAUCAGUGUUCGAACGAAGGUUUGCCUUGAGAACAGCAGCACGGCGCGCAUUCCUUGAUGCUGACAACGAGAUGCGCAUUAGGCGAGCCAUCGAACACAGAAGCAGGCCAGAACGAGGUCCUUUCAACGUCGGUCAGCUUGUGUAUUUCUGGCGUAGGAAUAGGUUUGAAAACAAGGCUCAUUGGCAUGGUCCUGCGGUGAUCAUUGGAAAGGCGGGUUCCUCGAAGGUUUGGGUGGCGAAGGGCACUAAGGUGUACCGUUGUUGUCCAGAGCAGUUGCGUUGCCUUUCACCUGAUCAGGAAGCACUUGUGAAGUUGUUGCCAGCUGACAUGGUGCAUGUUCGCGGACAAGUGAGUGCAAAGGGUGCCGGAAAUUAUCAUGAUUUGAGCAUGCUUGGUAAUCCUCCUGACAGUGAAGAACCAAACAAUGUGCCGGAACCUGAAGAUGCACGUGGUCCUGACUCCUCAGGGUCAGCUGAGGUUCCAGCUGAGGAAGAUGGUGCUCAGGGAGAUGAGUCAGUUGGUGAUUUGCUUGAAGAAUUGGGGGUCAGUGUUCCAAUGGAGUCAAGCAAUGAGGCGCCGCAAGAGAGGUCUGAGAAUCGGAGUGCAGAGGUCCGACCUGCAACGGGAGAAGAGUCACCUUCCAAGAAAGCGCGAACGACUCCAUUGACCAGCAUGUUGCGUGCAGAUCCUGAGUUGCUAGACCGAGGGCGUGCGAGCACGGACACUAUGCGAUCUCCUGAAGAGGUUGCGUCCAUUCCUGUGCCCGACAGCGAAAUGCCCGAUGAUGACUUGGAGGUGCUUUCAGUUGAGGGUGAUCGUUGGAUGGUUGUGCAUGGCCGGUCGCGAUUGGUGCGUGUUCAUGCCGUGGAAAGACGGGGUGUGUUUGUGCCAAGUGAAGGUGAGUUGCCUGUGGAUCCCAAGUUUCUGGAAAAGACGUGCUGCCUAGUGGGAUAUGAUCGCUACGGCAGGCAGGUGUGCAAGGAAUACCAGUGGGAUGAUCCGUCUACGCAUGAGCUUGCUAUCCGUGGUGGCUUCUGGACUGGUCGAACUGAGUUUGUGUUGAAGGACGGCUGGUGCAUGCGUGAUCAGUCGAAGGCGGAGUGUUUUGAAGUGAACAUCAAGAAAGGACGGAAGGAACUCCUUGAUCAUGAGAUCCCUCGACACAAGAAGGAGGGCCUAAGUAAAGCAAAGGUCAAGGAAUGGACCAAGCUUGUGAACAGUGGUGCCAUCAAGGUACAUGUUGGAGCAGAGGCUUCGAGGAUUAGGUCAGGGCUUGAGAAAGGUCGAUUGUUGAAGUCUCGGUUUGUGCUCACGGAAGCGGAAGCAGGAAGUAGCCCGAUGGCCGACGACAUCAAGGCCAGGUGGUGUGUAAGAGGCUAUCUGGAUCCUGACUUGUUGCAGUUGGACACAAGUGCUCCAACUUUGUCGAUGGAAGGGUUUUCAGUGGCCAUGCAGUUGAUUGCUUCUCAAAAAUGGGUCCUGAACAUCGCUGAUGUUGAGGGUGCGUUUCUUCGAGGCGAUGAGAUUGAUCCGAAACGGGGAAAGAUCUUUAUUGAUCUUCCGCCUGGUGGAGUGCCAGGUGUUCCUGAAGGGAGCAUUGUUGAAGCUGUGAAAACCAUUUAUGGUCUUGCUGACGCGCCGAAAGCUUGGUGGCAGUGUUUCUCGGCUAGGCUCAAGUCCUUGGGUAUGCAGGUUUCCCGGUUUGAUCCGUGCUUGUUUUACUACUUCGACAAGGGUGAGAUUGCUGGCACAAUUGCUCUUCAUGUCGAUGACUUGUGUGCUGGAGGUAAUGAGGCCUUUAGGAGGCAAGUGCUCGAACCGUUGCGAAAGAUGUUUCCCUUCAAGCAUUGGAAAACUGGCUCAGGAGAUUUCCUGGGAAAACAACUGCAGCAGCAAGCCGACAGCAGCAUCCGCAUCAGUCAGUGUGAGUAUGCGAAACAACUUAAGGGCAUAAGCUUGUCUCGUGAACGUCGUCGGGAGAAAGAAGAGUCCGUGACUGAAGAUGAGAGACGGCAGAUGAGAGGCGUGUUGGGAGCUGUGAACUGGCUGGUGACAAGUAGCAGACCUGAUCUUGCAGCAUGGUGCUCACUUUUGCAACAGCGUGUAUGUUCUGCCACUGUGUCAGACUUGAUUGACAUGAACAAGUUGGUCAGUUUGUGUCAUGACAACAGCGAUGCGUAUAUAUGGAUCCGCAGCAUUCCGUUAGCCAAAGUUCAGUUUGUGAUGUUGUCUGAUGCAGCCUGGGCGAAUGCACAAGGGUGCUGCAGCCAAGCAGGAUACAUGAUAGCAGCAUGUGAUGAGAGACUUCCUCGCGGCGAGUGGGGAACGUUUUCUGUUAUGCGCUGGCGAAGUUACAAGCAAGACAGACAAACUCACAGUACACUUGGUGCUGAACUGAUUGCCUUGUCACGCGGACUAGCUGAAGCUCGUUGGGUGAGAUCAAUGUGGUGCGAGGCCAUAUAUGAGAAGUAUACCCUGCAGACAGACUUCAAAUGGAGUAGCAUGAUUCCAAUCACUGCUGUUAUCGACUGCAAGCCUGUCUACGACCAUGUGGAGGGGCCCACAAUUGCAGUUAAGGAUAAGAGAGUGGCCAUCGAGAUGAUGCUUGUGAAGGAAGACAUCGCGAGUUACAGAAUAUCUCUCAGAUGGAUGGCUACCAAGCAGAUGAUCGUGGAUGUGCUGACCAAACGUGGUUCCAAAAGCUUUACCCAAAACUCUGAGAGGUUCUUCUGUUGUCAGCUCACGGACGGCCUGACCUUCAUCCACGACAGGGGGAUUAUCCACAAGGACCUGAAGCCCCCCAAUCUGGUCCUCUCCAAGCCCAUUCCCGUCCGCGACGCGCGCUUCGUCUCGGCUGUGAGCCUGAGUCGGUGGCCGACUCUGCUGCCACCGACAACAGAGGCACCCGCGAAGCGGGACAGACAGACGCUGCACGAGCUCCUCGCCGGUGCGACGCUCUCGGUGAAGAUUGCGGACUUCGGCUCGGCAGAAGCAUGCCAGGAGCCAGACUUUCUGAUCUACGAUGCGCAGGGCACGCAUCAGUUCACUCCACCCGAGUGCUUCGAUGGCCAGGUCUCAAUCAAAGGAAAGCCACGUGACAUGUGGUCCCUCGGCUGUGUUCUCUUCGUCUUGGCUUUUGGUCAGUGCCCCUUCUGGGCGGAGACCAACUUUGAGCUGCAGCUGAAAAUCAUUCAAAGGGAGCUCCAGUUCCCGGAAGGCGGCCCGGGCAGCCACGAGUUUCGGCAGCUGGUCGCCGGGCUCCUGAGUCAAGAUCCCAAUGCUCGGCCCAGUGCACGGGCGCUGCGGCAGAGCCCGUGGUUGACGAGCCCUCGGGCGCUGCUGGGGGCGUAG